UUUGACUCAAAACGGUUCAGUCUUUUGCCGGCUUUCGCGCCCAGAGCUUCCGCGAGAAAAGCUUUCGUAUACGCACGUAAAGCACGUGAAAUGUAAUAGAAAACAGAAGCAAUGUCGGCUACACAAGUAAAACCCAAAGAUGACGUCAAAGUUAACACCUUAAGUCCCAAUUACACCGCCAGAGUAAUCUGCUGCGUGCUGUUUAUUUUUUUGACAGAAAUUUGCCUGGCACACUACGUUUACAGACUCAUCAACUCCGAAAUACACGUGGAAUUCGUGACGAAAAGUGAUUUUCGUCGAUAUUUUUUAAACGAGUUGCAAAGCGAGAAUGGCAGAAGCGAAAUGCUCAGGGUGUUCAAAGAAUUUUCGAUGGAGAAAAGUCUGAAUAACACCAGAACUAAAAGAAGCGCCAACAAUGGUGUAAACUAUUUACCCAUGAGUUCCAGUGAAGAUUCCUACAUCGAGAUACUCAAUCAAGACACCUCUGCUAAUAAAGGGGCUACAGGAGAUGGUAUAUGGCUCACAAGUACCAGCAGAAUACCAGAAAAAACGUUGGAGGGAUACUGCAAAAAAGUCCUGAAGUACUGUCCCCCACCUGCUAUAGGGCCCCCAGGUCCUGCAGGUAAUCCGGGGGCAAAAGGGGAGAGAGGCUUGCCAGGAAUUCCAGGACCCCAAGGGGCAAGAGGUCAGCAUGGUCAUCCUGGACAAAAGGGGGAUAAAGGCCAUAAGGGGGAGCAAGGCAGGAACGGACUCGAUGGUAGGGAUGGUAUUCCAGGAGAACCAGGAUUGGAUGGGAUGCCUGGUAGAAAUGGGCAUGAUGGAAUCCCAGGGAGCAACGGACUACCCGGCACUGAUGGAAAAAAUGGAAUAAACGGACAAAAGGGCGAUCAGGGGCCACAAGGGCCGCAAGGGCCUCCUGGGAUUAAAGGUUUAACUGGGCCUAGAGGAAGAUCAGGCAGACCUGGCAACAAUGGAACGCCAGGAAUUCCCGGGAUAACCGCUUGGAAAAGCUUCGAUAACAAUAAUGCAUCUAAACUGCUCAUUCCCCCUUCUAUAGCAGGUGCCCAAGCUGGAAACAUUGGACCAAUUAUAGUGCACGAGGGUGAAAAUGUCCGAUUGCAAUGCUCUGCAACUGGGACUCCCACGCCACGUAUCACGUGGCAAAGAGUAGACAAUCGACCUAUCAAUAGAGGAGCAUGGCAAGACAUCCACAUAGCUGGCGAGAUAUUAAACCUCACCGCGGUCAAUAGGGACCAUAUCGGGACGUACUUGUGUAUAGCUGACAAUGGAGUGCCUCCGCAAGUAAAUCAGACCUUUGGACUGGAAGUUUAUUUUCCACCACUGAUAAGAAUUAGGAACCAGAUGGUGGAAGUGAGAAAUGGCUCCAAUGCCGUUUUGGAGUGCGAAACAGAGGCUUUUCCAGAACCCCUUAAAUACUGGGAAAGGUCCGAUGGAAAGUUGUUGGAAAAUAGCCACAAGUACAGAAUCGACAACUCGGAAUCGAACGGAUACAAAUCGAAAAUGCAGCUGAACAUUACAAGAAUCCACACGCACGAUUUGCUCUACCUAUACUCUUGCGUAAGCAAGAACGCAGUGCAAACGACUCGUGGCGAAAUAAGCCUUUUCGAAACCGACAGGAAAAUAACGCACUCCAGCUACGGAAAGGAUGUGGCUGUUUACGGGCAUUUACCUCCCGAGAGGAAAUCUCUGGAGGACCUUUGCGGUCCACCGGUCAUGUGCCCUGAGUGCGAUAAAUGCAACCCAGGGGGCGUUUCCCUCAUUGAUCUCAUCAGCCAUUGGGAAAUAAGAUCCAUGAACGUCAACAUGAAUUUCACCAAACUAGGCAGUCGAGCUACUGAUUGCGUCUUGUACGCCGUUGGCAAGCCUGUUUAUAACGGAAACACGGACCAAAACUACGGAUGCUGGAUGAGGGAGACUGUGACUAAUGUCGAGAAAAACUACGAAAAAUUCUGGGCGACCUACGAGGAUCGCCCCAGCCAACUCUACGAGUUCGACAACAAGACGGUCUAUAAGGAGAAAAUCAAUUCGAAGAUUCACAAGCUUAGUAUUUGGUUCGAAGGCAACGCUCAAGUCAUGUACAACGGCAGUUUGUUUUACAAUCAGAAGGAUAAAAACACGAUUGUAAAGUUUACUUUGCAAACAUACGAAACCACUACGUUAGACUUGCCUCUUGACAAUCAGCGUGAUAAACUUUACUCCGGCCAGUACAACCAUAUGGAUUUCAGCGUUGACGACAAUGGUUUGUGGGUCAUUUUCCCUGUCCCCAAUUCGAACAACACAGCUGUUUUGAAGGUGGAUGCGGAAAAAAUGCUCCCGCAAAAAAUUUGGAACAUCAGUAUUGAUCACCACAAAGUGGGGGAGAUGUUCAUAGUGUGCGGUGUGCUUUAUGCGGUUGAUAGUGUUUCCAUAAGGGAUACCAAAAUUAGAUUCGCUUUAGAUUUGUACAAGGAAACUCUACUUGAUGUUAAUCUUCUUUUCUCCAACCCAUUCAGGAAGACCACCAUGAUAGGAUACAACCAUAGAAACAAGGAACUCUAUACAUGGGAUAAGGGAAACCAGCUAACGUAUCCGAUAAGGUACCAUGAAAUUGGAUACAAUUAUACAGGCAAAGACGAUAAAAAGGAAAAUCUGGAAGGAAUCUCUCCACAAAUGCAGACUGGUUACAAAAUAUAUGAGGAUUAAAUAAAUUGUAAAUAAUUUGUGAAUGGAAUUGUAUGACAAACCACAUGAAUCCAAAAUUGAUGAAAAAUGUGUAGUUUUGGGGUUUGACAUAUAUUUGCAUAUCCAUAACUUAGAAAUUUUUGAAUAAAAUAUUUAGGAAAACGUGUUAUGAUUUUUAAGACUAUCCUCCACUUUGCUUUAUAUUUUAUUGAAUACAAUUAUCACAACUUUCCUUUCAACAUUUUCCAUAGAUUUAAAUCCUUGGUACUACUGGUCUCCAAAGUUCUUAAAACUUCCAAAUCUAAAAAAAUGAACCUUACUUUUAAAUAGAAAAAAUUUAAUGGACAUACAUACCUCUGUGUAUUAAAAACUUAUCAAUUAUUGGUAAUAUUUUCAAUAUUGGAACUGCCAUAUUGACUCUGGGAAACACAGAAGAAUUGGGCAAUUUAAUAUUACAAACUAUAACGCCAAUCAGUUCCCCGUUAAGGUUUAAAAUGGCCCCACCACUGGCCCCAGCGUGUACAGAAGAAGUAGUUUUUAUAAUCCCCUCAUCAAUUUGACUGAUGUUCCCUUUGGAAAUAGUGGGGCUCAAACUUGAUUCACUUGAAAAUAAAGAAAAGCCUGAAGAAUAAAUUGUGGCCCCU